AUAAAGUAAAGUUAUAAAAUAUGGUGGUGGGCAUAUUUCAUAUGAACCAGAGUAUGGUUUAUAUAUAUAUAUUCAUAUAUUUUAAGACGUGUUUUGAAAUGUUGAGAUUUGUAAAAUUAUGACGACAUGGAAUUAAAAUAAUAAUACUUGAGCUACCGUUUGCUGUAUUUACAGAAAAAGUAUUAUAAAUUGCAAGAAAUUGAUUCAACUAAUUUAAACUGUAAUUAUGUUUAAUCAGGAUAAAAAUGGUCAAAAUAAUUUAAUGAAAAUGUCCAACAUACAUAUUUCUUGCGAAUACCCUUCUGGAAAAAGCAAAUUCUUCGAGAACAAGCGUGUCUCGUUUAUAAGAACCACUGGUAUUACAAAUAAUGUUAAUACCCCUAAAGAAAUAAUAUCUAUCAACAAUAAGCGGAUAUUUCCACCAAUAAUUCCUACGCCGAAUGCCAAUAAUAAUUUUGAGAAUGUGGCUUUAGGAGCAGUAAAUGAUAAAGGUAGUUUUGGAGGCUUUCGAAAGCAAUUCAGUGGACGAUUCAAACGGUGGCUUUAGGAGCAGUAAAUGAUAAAGGUAGUUUUGGAGGCUUUCGAAAGCAAUUCAGUGGACGAUUCAAACGGUUCGUUUCGAAACAACCGAAAGCACAUAAUUCAUCCAUUCCCCCCGAACUCAAACCACAAUUAAAAGCUAUAUACGUAUAUUAGGAAUCUCGGAGCGAACUGAAGAUGUCAUACUCUAAAACUUAACUGUCAUAUAUAAAUUUGAUUCGAUAAUACUUAAGGAAUAAAACAAGUGUUGUUUUUCUCUUAAUUACAUUCUUCAGUUGUGCAACUAAAAUAUGAAUAUGUAAUAAAGACCUAUAAUUCUUCUUUUCAAGCAAACAAAAAAAAUACUAAAAUUCAAACUAAAAUAGCUUAUUAAUGGUUAACUAAAGACAACAACUGAUUUGUUUUGUGGCUAAUUGUAAUUCUGUGCUAUAUGUUUUAAUUUUUUAGUUUAUAUCUUCAAAUAUUUCUUUUCUCAAUUGUUGUAUGCAGUCCUUCUUAUUACUACUUCUUAGAUCGUUGCUACUAGCCCAACAUUUUUUGUUUUGUUGCCUCACUUUUCAUAUGAACGUAUGUGAAGUUUCAUAUCAAUCUGUCAUAUCCAGCGUUUGUAAAACUACGCUACUCCCGUAGCAUUUCAUUUUGCUAUCGCUAUCGCUACCGACCUCUCUUUGUCGGGAGCCACAGCAGAGCCAUAGCAUAACAUGUAUCAUUAAAGUAUGUGCUCUGCUCUUCUCCGAGUUUUGAUAGGUAAAAAACUACAGUUGAAGCGAGAGCAAAAAGUGACUUGCUGUGCUCUGCGGCGUAGCGGUAGCAAAAAAUUGGGAGCGGUAGUAGAGCAGAGCUAAUAAAAGUUUUUAUUUGCUACCGCUCCGCAUGUGUUUGUUGUUUGUUGUUUUUUCUUUUUUGCUAUUUUCUGUCUUAAUAUUUGAAUUAAUUGAAAAAUUCAACCAAAAAAAUGUUAUGCGAAAUAUUUUGGCACUUGUUGCGUCAAGUGACUUUAUAAAUCUAAAAUCAAAUAUUUUAAGAAAUAAAUUAAUAAAGUGAAUUAGAUAAUAAUUGAAUAAA